AUGGCUGGUAAAAAGAGGGGCAGACCAUCGAAGAAGGACAAGGAAGCAGAAAAACUUAACAAGGAGCUGAACAGUCUUCCUCGUGUCAAGAUGAUCAAAGAGAGACACAAGCUUGAUACUGAGAACAAUGUUCAGUUCCCCGAGCCAUCAACAAAACCUCCUCCAGUCGAAGCUCCAGCACGCCUUGAUGAUGAAACUCUGCUCAGUAGAUCUGCAGAAAUUCUCAAAGCUCUGAAUCGACCAGUAUCGACCAUCGAUCUGACAGACGAAGUCGAGCCGCCACCAUCACUUGUCGAUCUGACAGUAAGAAAAUCCGUUCCGCUUGAAAAGUUCAUGCGUCCGCCAUUUUCCAACUUUCGCUUCGUCAAGCCCCAGAAACCGAGACCUCCCAUCAAACUCAGACAGUAUGCUCGACCCAAGGGCCUUGGACCAAAUUAUGAUUCAGACGAAGAUCACUAG